UUGACAGCCAAGAAGAUGCGUGUUUCUAUUGUUUUGCUCUAUAAUAUUUUUUAAAUAAAGCGGCGGCUUUUAGUAUUCAGCCUAAUUAACCAUGUUUUAAGUUUUAAUAACAGUGAUAUACAGUUUAGUCUAAUUUAAAGAUAGGGAAAAUGAACCCGCCUCCAUCGCCAUGGAAAAGGCCCAGCGAAGUUAUGCAGCUGCACAAGCUGAAAAAACGAAAAUUAGCUUUACAGGAACGCAUGAAACACCCCUCAGUAUCGUCUAGUGAGGAACCCAUUAGUCAAGAAUCCAGCGCCUUAGAUUUUUCUAGGCUACUAGACGGAGAAAAAAGAAAAAACCCAUUUUCAAAGUCAAAUCCUCAGCAAACUAAAAAGGCAAAAACUGAUUUUGCAGAACUAGAUGAAUCAAAUGACAAAACACUGUUUGCUCUUUUAAAGCUACCUGCAAAGGUAGAAAAGCCUCCGCAGGAAUUGGACAAUAACAAACUAUCCACAUUCUCAAAUCUAUUGCAAAAAUUCACUGCAGAACAUUCUGUAGAACCGGAUGUUGCUGUAAGGAAGUGCAAGCACCUGCCAAUAGACUGGGCGCUCAAGUCAAAACUUAGGUUAAUGUCACCAAAGCCAUUUGCGUGGACUGCAAAACUGAAAGCCAGUGAAGAGGCGUCCGGGAUUACAGGGUUCGUCCGCUGCCUCGACACAACCACCUCAUCUACUCUGGACACCUCACCGCGGGCGCGCUUCCACCAGACAUGCCUCUACUGGCAACACCCGCAACUCCCAUGGCUAGCGUUGUUCCCCCGAUCAUCAGGCCGUGUGUCUGCUACCGGCUUCCUGGCCGGCAAUGAGGAAGUCAAGCAGGCACUGCAUACUGAGUGGACUGAGAGCUUCAGAUCACUUUUUCAGCUGCUACGAGCUCGCCACUGCCCAUACUUCUACGUGUGUGCAAACACUUUUACGUGCCUAUUCCGCGCCGCGGGCCUGUGUGGUGUGUCAGAGCCCUGCGCGCUCAUCAGCCCUACCACGAGGGGCUUCAGGCAGACGCUGCGGCAAGAAGAUGUAGAAUUCACAAUGCCCCUCCGCCCUGACAAAAAGCGGCUAAACACAUCAGACGAAGACCGGCCAAAGAACUCCUCGUUCGAUAGCUGCUAUGACACGAUGGACGACACUAAUGUGAAGCAAGAGGUUCAAGAGGAAGGGUCGGGGGACGAGGAUCCCGAUGCAUUCCUGUCGCAACUCGGUCUGGAGACAGCUAUGCUGAAUAGAAUUAAUAACCAGCAGGCGCGCAUCGUCCACACCGCCGAGAGCAGUGUGGACAGCGCGGCCGAGUCGCUGGUGUUCGCGCGCGGCGCCGACGCCCAAGCGCUGUUCAACUUCCUGCUCAACUGCAAGAGCAUCGUCGCGGCCACCGGCCCGCUCGCCGGCGUGCCGCCCACGUUGCUAGCGCCUACUGCGUUUCAUGGAGGGACGCUACAGUCGCUAAACGUCCGCGAAAGUGUCCUACACUCGGACAACAAGAAGUACUUCUCGAUCGAGCUGCGAGGGCCCAUCCUGCCGACCACCAUCCACUCCCUGUUCGACGUGCUCAAGGACUCCGGCGCGCAGUUCAGCGCCACGUUCGCGCAUCAUUCGCCUACUGUGGCUUUCUCGUGGGCGGCCAAGGGCAUCGCACAAGACGAGUCCUCAAAGGAGAAUGAGCCCAACCACUUUGCCAAAGCCUUCAACAAGGAGAACUUAUCCGACUGUGGGAUCAGUGAAGACAUGUUGCAGCAUUUCUGUUCCUCGGACCCCAGUAUAGUCAAGCCGCUGGACAGCGUCAAGUACAACGCCGAGGACAAUACUUACACGUGGUGACCUGUUUCUUAAUCAUUUAUUUUUGACUGACUGAUUUUUGUGUGAAUUGGAUUGGAAUGUAAUAUAUUUUUAUACAAA